GGCUUUUCGGCUGAACUAACGAGGAAGUCCUGAAAGUUUUUUCUGCUUGAAAAGCUGCGCCAUUUAUUUAUUCCCCAUGUUGGGAGCCAUGUGCAGCUGGAUGAACAGUCGGAGCUCUGGAUGAGCAGAAAUGUGGAUUCUACCGCAGAACGUUUGAGAGAACGAUCAAAGUUUGGGUUUCUUUUUAUUGAGACUGCGCUGCUUCUGCGUCCGAGUCGGGAAACAAAGACACGACAGGCUCAAUGAAGAAUGCCAGGCUGCACAGCUCUCUUCUUCUCAGCAUUAACAGCGACUCUCUUCUGUGCUGUAGUCGGUCAGACUAAAUUCACUGUGAGUGCAAAACAGGAGGUCUACCGUGCAGAAGAAAACACUAACGUCACGAUGAUCUGGCUGCUCCAUUUUGACACGAACAGGCCUCCUGACUCCCUGCUAAUAGACCUAAUGAAUGUGAGAAGGACGACACAGAUUUUCUUCUAUGACAGUGGGAGUGACACUGAAGUGUACCCAGAUGAGAACUACAGAGGGCGACUACAUUGUAAUCCACGGCUAGCCAGGAAAGGACGGCUUGAAUGUCUUUUAACUGAUGUGAGGCUCAACGAUACGGGGACAUACGACUGUGUGAUUGUCCUUAACAGAGAAAGUAGCUACAAAACAUGUGACCUCAAUGUUAAAG